AUGCCACCCGAACGUCCCUCCGACCGACGCUGUAUUGCUCUUGCCGGCGCCUUAAGCAAGACUGGAAAGAAAAGCAUGGCUCCUUGUACCCGUUGUUCAAAAAACAAGAAAAACUGCGUCUCGCCUCGCGACCCAAAGUACACGCGCUGUAUUGAGUGUGUUAAGCUUGGAAAGACUUGCGACGUUCGACAGAUGAACCGCAUGCCGGAGGUUCGCGAGUGGAACGACCUUGAGGAGCAGCGGCGGAAAGUUCGUGCCGAGGAAGCAGAGGCUUUCGCAAAGAUCCUUCGUCUAAAGAAACAGCUCGAGUUUCUAGACGAGAGAGAACAAAAGAUGAUAGCGGCUGGUCUCAGCUCCCUAGACGAGUUGGAUGCUGCUGAGGAGUUGGAAAGGAAAGAGAAGGAAGAGCAAGAAGCGAAGACCAGGACAGAAGGAGAGGUUGCCAGGUUGGCNGAUAGCGGCUGGUCUCAGCUCCCUAGACGAGUUGGAUGCUGCUGA